CGGGCGCUGACAUGGGCGGCCGGCCCCGCCAAGCCCACCGAGGGGAGCGCGCCGCCGCGCCCGCCGCGCGCUCGGGGAGCCGGGGACCCAGCCCUAUGACCUCGCUGUUGACGCGCCUUCCACCCGCUGGACUGGGACUACAGAUCUGACCACCCCCCGUCCCCUGGCAUCCGCCUGCGGCCGAGAGAGCACACGACCUGCCCCGCCCCGCGGCCCACCCCGCCCCAGCACCAUGCCGAUCCUCAAGCAGCUGGUGUCCAGCUCGGUGCACUCCAAACGCCGGUCGCGCGUGGACCUCACCGCCGAGAUGAUCAGCGCGCCGCUGGGUGACUUCCGCCACACCAUGCACGUGGGCCGGGCCGGGGAUGCUUUCGGGGACACCUCGUUCCUCAACAGCAAGGCCGGGGAGCCCGACGACGGCGAGUCUCUGGACGAUCAAGCCUCGGCCGCGUCAUCGUCCUCAUCCAAGCGCAGCCUCCUGUCCCGGAAGUUCCGGGGCAGCAAGCGGUCCCAGUCGGUGACCCGGGGGGACCGGGAGCAGAGGGACAUGCUGGGUUCCCUGCGGGACUCUGCGCUCUUCGUGAAGAACGCCAUGUCCCUGCCCCAGCUCAACGAGAAGGAGGCCGCGGAGAAGGGCUCCGGCAAGCUGCCCAAGAGCCUGUCGUCCAGCCCGGUGAAGAAGGCCGAGGAGGCCGGCGGGGAGGAGGCGGGCGCCCGCCGGAACGGGGCCGCGGGCCCCCCCGCCCCGGACCCCGUCCUGGAGGAGCAGGCCUUCGGGGACCUGACGGAUCUGCCCUUCGUGCCCAAGGCCAGCCACGGGCUGAAGCACGCCGAGUCCAUCAUGUCCUUCCACAUCGACCUGGGGCCCUCCAUGCUGGGCGACAUCCUGAGCGUCAUGGACAAGGACGAGUGGGACCCCGACGCCCAGGGCGGUGGCGGCUACCGGGACGAAGAGGACGAGCCCGGCCUUGGCGUAGGGGGCGGCGGGGGCAUCCGGGGCGCGCUCCUGACCCCCGCUGCGGGGGAGGCAGCCCCUCUCCUGGGGAGACCCGAAGACAAGGCCGCGCCCGACCUGGCCGCCUCCGUGCCCGCCUUGCCCCCGCACGCCGCCCUGGAGGAGGAGGAGGAGGGGUGGGCAGCGGCCGCCCCCAGCCCCAGCUCGGCCCGCAGCGCGGGCAGCCACACCAUGCAGGACAGCAGCUCCCUGUCCAGCGGCACCUCGGGCGUCCCGGAGGAGCGCAGCCCGGCCUUCCGGGGGCUGGACAGGGCCCGGGCCGCGCCCCCGCGGCAGCCAGACAAGGAGUUCUCCUUCAUGGACGAGGAGGAAGAGGACGAGAUCCGUGUGUGAGGCCGGCUGGAAGGAGCUCCCCUCCCUCGCACAGCUCCGGGCUGUACCCGAGUCCUGCCUCCACACCCCAGUGUGUGACCCUUUGACCACAAAGCCUCGGCCUCCCACGGGUGGACCUCGCGGAUGAGGGGGUGCCGGCUGAGACCUCCCCCCCUCGCCCCAAGGAGAGCUUGGGGGAAUAGCAUUGGUGCUGACUGGUCAUCUGACUUUGGGGCACCCCAUGCCCACCUUUCAGUGCCUGCGGUCCAGCAAGAAUCCUCCUCCUGGCCUCUUCCUCUGGCCUGGCCUCAAAUGGAUGCUAGAUGUCAACCCGGGCUGUGGACCCUUGGCUUCCUUUUCUCUCCCAGAGUCCAUGGUGCCCACCAGGGAAGUGUGGGUAGCAGGGGGCAGAGGUGGUCACAGGCCACCAGCCCCUCCCUUCUCCACCCCCAGCUGCCUCACUGGAAACCAGCUGCCCCUGGGGAUUGGGCCUUGACCUAAAGAUCCCUGUCAACACUAAAUGUCACCCGCCCCUUCCAGGAGAGAGGACAGGAGGGGGGCAGCUCCCAGGUCCCUGGAUUUUCAAGAAGGGGCCCUUCCAGGGUAACAAGACCACAGUCCUGGGCACUGCCCUGGGGGUGUGUCUGUUCUUUAUUAUCUGUGUUUAAAUCUGAGUAGAGCAAUGUUCACAACAGCAUUAAUUAGAUCCACCACCAGGAGAAGGGGGUCCUCGUAGGAAACCUUUAUACUAAGUCUCUCUCCUCUUGGAAAUUCACAGUAACUGUUUGUAUACUCAAGUCUAGUGAUGGCCCCCCGAACUAUGAGGGCUGGGUACCCACAGUUUUUGUGUUCCCCUCCCUAGUUAAACGAGGCCUGUGUAGAAAAAUUCUGGAAAAUUCUAAUUGUUUAAAAACCUAAUAGAUCCUUUGUAGAGUCUGGAAACAGGGAGGGUGGGGGCCGGGGAUAGGGCACUGCCUGGACUCCCAGGUCCAUCCAUCUCCUCCCCCACCCUGUGGCAGGCACUUCCUCUUCUCUGCCCCUCCCCACUGCUGCUAAGACCAGUGCCCCAAGGGAGGGUUGCCAGAUUUAACACACACACACACACACACACACACACACACACACACACACACACACGAUCAGAAGCCUGGGUUUAAUUUGAAUUUCAGGUAACAAAGGAUCUUUUCUUUUUCUGUGUCCCAUGCAAUAUUUUUGUUUAGGUUUUUUUUUUUUUGGGGGGGGGGGGGGUUGUUGAGACCAAGGGCUCUAUACUUGGCCCAGACUGGCUUGGCACUGGAGGGCCUUCUGUCUCAGCCUCCCCAAAGUGCUGCCUUUUGUUCAGAGGUCUGGGCCAUCACACCCACCCAGUUGGCUUGCUAUCUGGAACAUUCUUACGUUGUUUGUUGUUUUUCUGAAAUUCAAGUUUUGCUCAGCUCCUGUAACUCUACCCAGGGCUCAGGCUAAGAGCUGGGAUUUGGGCCCCUGGGGUGACAGCGGAUUAUUUUUCUGUCCUGGGAACUGGCUGACCCACCUCCCAGACUAGGAUGGCCCGUGGGAGGCUGGAGAGAACAAAGGACACACAACUACGCAACCCAGCUGGCUGGGGGGGGGGGGUGGCUCAAGUGAUAGAGUACCAGCCUAGCAAGCUUAAGGUCCUGAGUUCAAGCCCCAGUACUGCCAAACAAACAAAACACAGGCCCAGUCAGCUAAGGGUAGCUGCCUGGGCCCUGACUCUGAGACACUAACCUGGCUCCCUAGCAGGCGCCCAGGCCACCCAGGUCCCCCUGUGGCUGACAGUGCACUUAGCUCCUACACAGGCUGAUCCCGGAACCUAGAACCUAGAAUUGCUGACUGGGGCGCACGUCACCCAGCCACCUUUGGGACUCUUCAAAGUCCCUUCCAGAGACUGUAAACUUUGUGAGUUUUUUCCAUGCUAAAGCAACAAGGAACUAUUAAAAAGCCCUCUAGCAAA